AAAGCAACCUCUUUCCUUCCUUGUUGGCAUUCCAACCCAAUUCACUUUUUCAAACUUCUUGUAUUCUUCUCACCAUUAUUCAUAAUCCAUACCAAAAUGUCUUUAUUAUAGAUUGAAUCAUUCAACCUUCAUUAUUAACCAUUUUUCUUCACUCAAUCUCACACAAACCAAAUCUUUUCCAUUCCCAAUUUUCAACUCUAUUUAAUUAUUCCCCAAAUUAUAAUUUUAAUCAUCAUUUUUCUCACAUAGAUAAACAUCAACAUAAACAUAGUACUCUGUUUCAACCGGUUCUGUAAACGAGAUGAUGAGAACAAGGCACGAAGAUCAUCAAUCUCGUGCUUUCCACGAGCUAUCAGCCAUCGUUCUAAACCUCCUCCGUUCUUCUCCAACGCCGUUGAAUUUCUCCGAUCAUCCACCGGGUCCACCGUCACGGCGCUUGCUUCCGCCUCAAAUCUCCCCCGCGGGAUUCGCCUCCAUGUUUCUUGGAAUCUCGCUGGCUCUUAUGCUAUGUGGAUCGGUCACGUUCUUCAUCGGGUUCGUCUUGAUGCCGUGGGUUAUCGGAUUGAUUAUGGUCCUCUACGUCGCUGGAAUCGUUUCGACUCUCUCCGAUUUCGGAAGUUUUAUUUUCCGUUACGUUACGGCGGCGCCAGAGCCGCGUAAGGAUAUCCCAGCGUGGAAGGUUAUGUGAGAUGACAAAUGGAGAAUGAAAAUGAGGAUACUGAUUGUGUGGUGCCUCGUACAACAAAUUCUCCAGAUUAUGGAGCUUCCUUCUCCUGUUAUCGGACGCAGGAAACGUGCAUAUAUAGUUACUGAAUUUUGUGGAUAUGGAUUCUCUGUACAUUAGAAAGAGCUGAGCAAAUGUCUACCAAAGAAUGAAGGGUUAUUAUUAAUACCACUUUUGUGAACUGAAAUCUUAAUAUUACAGGCUUUUUCAGCUCUUGUUAUUUGUGUUAUAAGCAUUGUAAAAGUGAAAGAAAUUAUAAGCAUUGUAAAAGUGAAAGAAAUUAUAUGACUUAGCUCUUAGUAAGUCAUAAGUUACAAAUACAUACUCCUAUGUUAUUAAUUCCAAA